AUGCUCGGACGUUUGAAGGACAGCGCUCGUGCCCAGAGCACCCUGUCGCUGAUUCUUCUAGCAGACAACAAGCACUACGAAUCGAUUGAUCUCACGAAACUCUACGAGAGCGUGCUAAAGCUAGUAAUCUUGGAAUAUUGCAACGAAGCCCGAUUUCGAACCCCAUUACCACGUCCUGCUCCAUCUCCUAACGUUUCGGCCGCUUCCUCCAACUCUUUAUCGUCAUCACUGUCGAAGUUCUAUAUGAAAUCACGUAGUCUGGAUUCCAACAAGGAUGUGAAGCUACCAGCCAAUUUCUUAGCCAACCUCGAAAAACGGCUCAAUCGUAUCGCCUUUAAAAAGGAAGGUCAUCUGCUCGAUGAUGCCACCAGAAGAUCGUUUCUCGCCUUUUACAACGAACUCUUGAAGCCAUCGUUCAAAUCUGAGCUCGAGAAGGUGAACAAACCAGAAUAUGUGGUUAUGAAAUUCGUAGCCCUCGCCAAUAAAGAGCUUGUCAAAUUGGAUACAGUUCCACAACAUGAUAUCAGCGUUGCUGUCUUCAAACAGGAAGAGACUUUCGUACAACAAUUGAUCGAAUUGGUGACUAAGGAUAAAGAUAGUGAAGCAAUCAUUGAAAGACUCCAGGAGACAAGGGACUCUCUAAAGCCAACUAAAGUGUCGCUGUCGACCUCGGCCAUGGGCAACCUCUCAAUUCUGGACUCAAAUGCUCAGUAUCCGAAGCCUUCGUUCCGUGUAACAGACAUGAACAUGUCGUGGAUCGAAUUGCUUCAGAAAUUGUUCUCAUUAGAUCAGGUCAAGAUCCAACAGGAUGUGUUCAGAUUGAAAGAUAUUGCCCAAGAAAAGCCUCUUCAGAAAGAUAUCCAACAAGUGCUCUUUUUUUUAGACAAGAAUUUGGGCCUGUUCGCACCGGAAAGCUUCACUUCAAGAGAUGCCUACCAAAGUUGGAAAGAAAGACAGAUUGCGUUCUGCGAGCAACUCCAAAAGAAAUACCAAGUACCACCUGCAAUGAAAUUACUACCGAUUCCACCAGUGCCCGAAAAAGAGGAUUUCUACGUGUUUCCCAGAACGACGUUGACCAGACUGUAUUUUGUUAUCAUGAUAAAGCUUUGUCUAGAAUUAGAACUCAAGGAGAAUCCCGGUGCAAUUUCUGAUCCCGAUAAAACUAUCUUUUCCAAAGCUGAAAUAAGCUUGCUCAACGUCUGUGCCAGAGUAUGGCGUUUAGACUAUACAACGAGGUCGACGGCUAUCUUCACUGCUAGCCAUUUAUCGGGCGUCUUGAAAGAUAAGUUAAUGCCUGUGGAAAACGCUAAAGAUGUGGGACCGAUCGAUCUUGGGGCAACCAUAAAGAUUUUCCACUAUUGCAAGAAGAUUACCGAGGAUGGUGUACUAGAUUGGGAUGCCAAAGAUACGUGGUCUUUGAGAGAUCAAGAUGAAUGGUUUAAGAAUUUGACCUUUUCAUAUAAUCAAGCUAUGUUUUCUAUUAAAGACUGUCUCCAGAUGAUCUGUAGUAAGACUGUUCGUCCCAAGUUUGGUCCAUAUCUUGCUAUAUUGGGAGACUAUAUUGAGUCAGACUGUUUAUUUCGCAGAGUGGAGGAGUCUGGUUUGGUUAGGAAAUGGGAAAAGAAACUUAGUAAGUCACUCAUAAAUGUAGCUGGUGCUAGAUACGCUGAAUUGGUUGGAAUAGUACCCAGAGACGAUACGCUUAAUAUUCUGCAUGUUCUUGAUAUUUCUGAAAACAUGGUCAGCGAUAUCAGGACUCUUCAGAAACGGUACAAGAAUCCAUUGUUGGGGUUCCUAGACGUUUCUCGUGUCGUUGCAGCUGUUUUGACUACAAUGUAUUCGGCAGACGCCAAACAUAUUCUCGAUCAUAUCAAAGCGUACGCUGCAAAUAGAGGGGAAUUUAUACAUUAUGGUGAUGCAAUGGAGGCAUACAAAUCUUUGAGCGAGAUACGGUUUAUUCACAAUCAAGUUAGCGAACCUGAUUCUGCAUUUAAAUUUAAUUUGGAAAACUUCUUCUACCCGUAUCUUGAAUCUUGGGCAGAUGAAAGCGGUCAGAAGAUCUACGAUAUCGUUAAUCGAUCUAUUGAAAUGGACUCUUAUGAACCAAUUGACUUGGAAAGAGAUGAUAAGAAAUAUAGUUCUUCAGUUUUGGAUAUGUUUUCACUCAUUAAGCAAUUCUUAAAUAUUUUAAAGAGUUUGAAUUGGGCUAAUGAAUAUCAGCUUGCAAAGGUAUACACAAAGUUACUCAAGAGUAUAUCCGAUGGAACAUUGCAUUAUGCGAAUAGCAUUACAGAGAAGAUUAUAAAAGAACUCGAUGAAGAGGAGCAGAAGCGACUCUUGCAGUUACAGGAGGCAAAGCUUGACGCUAAAAAGGGUGGCGCUGGGGGUUGGUUGAAUGAAGUGAAAAGUGUAGUGUCAAAUAUCCAGAACAGUUCGAAUAAAUUGGAUUUGGAAGAACCUUAUAAUUUCAAACCGGAGACUUGUGUGGCGUUGAAUAACUUGUCGGCAAUGAUGGAGCAAUUGGCUAGAUUGGAAGACGUUUUGGAUCCAGAGCAAAUUUCCAAUUCAGUGAGUUCUUAUGAUCCAAAGUCCAAAAAGAGCUACCUGAGUCAUGUGGUUUCAUUACGUUUAAUUCGAGCAGAGAACUUGAAAACUUCAAUUUCUGCUGUUUCUGGAGCCCCAUCAACGUUGCGUCCAUAUGUUACAUUGAUAGAUACAGCAGCAAGAAAGACGAUAGGAAAAACAAGAACUAUGAAUCAUACCACUGAGCCUGAGUGGGAUGAAGAAUUUGAAAUGAACUUGCAUCCAAAUACGUCAUUAACAAUCUCUGCGACUGUCUGGGAUGAGAAAUUUGGAACUCAUUCACUUUGUGGGAGAGCACUUAUCCAAUUGGACCCAAGAAGAUUUAAACAUGAUGGUAUUCCUCAAGAGAUUUACUUGGACUUGGAUACCCAAGGUAGGUUAUUAAUUGAAAUUGCGGUAGAAAGUGAACGUGAAGAUGCUGUAUUUGUUAUGGGCAGAGCGUUUAGAACCCUUAAGAGAUCCCAGGAGAGAUGUAUCAAAUUGAUUGUGGAGAAGUUUUCUCGAUUUAUCCAUUACUGCUUCUCAAGAUCCAAUUUGAGAUCAAUCUGUGGAAACAAUGGGAACCUUAAACCCACAGAAGAGCAAGUUCAUGAUGCCAUGAUGCCUCUAUAUGAUUACUUGAAUAUGAACUUGAAGGUUCUUGCCGAGUACUUAACAAAUGAACUUCUUCUAAAGGUAAUGCUUGCAGCCUGGAUUGUCGUCCUUGCAAGUGCGGACGAGUUAUUGCUUCCCAAGCUAGCCAGUGCAAAGACGUUCCAACUCACAGCACAAGCUCCACCUGCAGCUUCAGGCUGGCAAACUGCAGUUUCGUCUGCUGUCGCCAACAUCACAAGUUCAAUCGGAAUCAGUGGCUUUGGAAAGAUGCUCACUAACAAUGAACUUGAAACGGUAUUUUUGUGGCUCCACUUUCUUUGUAAAGAAUUCUUCCACAAUGAUGGCUAUGGUCUACCUAUGCUGGAUUUAAAAAAUGAACAAUAUCAAGCAUUGCUUGUGUUACCGGUUUACUACGAUAGUAGACUAGACUACUUAGAGCAGGAAGUUGAUAGACUUUCACCAGCUUUUGUAUCUGCCUUAAGAAACAGAAACAAUUUCGACAACGAUGCUUCAUUGCCAUCUAUCAAUGGUGCACAGAAAGGGCUUUCUCGAGCUGGAAGCUUGAUUCGGAGUAAGACUAUUAUGGCUAAUGCCACAUCAAAAUCGAGAGAAAAGGCUAUGAGAGAAGCAAGAGAAGCGAGAUCGGAAAUAGUCACUCAGACAACUAUUGAAGAUAUCAUUUUGAGAAUCUUAAUCAUCAAGGGAGAACAAAAGUACGUAGCCAAAAGACUCGAUCAGAGAGAGAAGUUGGCACAUAGUAUUGCAACUCAACGAUUAGCAAGGGAAGCCGCUGAAGGAAGAUUUAGGUAG